AUGCCGAUGAACUCUCUUCCAACGGCUAUUUUGGCUCACAUGGUAGCCGUUAACAACGUGCCUCCUCCUCCGCUUCGCAACAUACCAGGCCUGAAACUAAACAAGACCAUUAAUUAUGGUCAGUUGAAUGCCUUAUGCCACAUUAGAGGACUACAGAGCAGCCGACAUUCUUCCCUUAAUUUGACAGCUCACAAUACAUUCAUCAAGCAAUAUCCUCAAAUAUUCUUGCAUGAAAAAACAGUAUUUCCUAAAAUUUUCCGGCAGGAUGAAAAAAGAAAAUGUAAUGGAAAGACAGAGGAAAAGAAACCCCAACAUGAUAACUCACACAACAUAUCUCUGUAUGUCAGACAAGCACGUGGUGGCCCUAUUCUUCAUGAAGAAGAAAGAGCUACAUUGAAGUUUAUACAGUUCCUAGCUAUCUUAAAGAAACUGCCAGUUCACAGAACAAUCCAUGAACAGAACAUUGUGUGGAGGAUGCUGAAGAAAAUUCCAGUAUUAUCCUCUCAACUCAGUGAUGAACAACUGAAAAUCCUGAGUAGAAAUGUCGUUUCUGAAACCUGGACCAAAGACAGCAUAGUGAUUGGUGAUGAUGGACUUUACAUCAUACUAAAGGGCCUUGCUCGACCUCAGGUAAAGGUAUUAAGAAGUCUGACUGAUGAUGAAGACUCUGUUAUUUCUUCAGUAUCCAGAGAAAGCCUUGUUUUUGAUGCACAGUUGAAAGACUCCACAGUGGCUGAGAUAUACCUGCCUUCACAGCAGUUAGUGCUGAAAAAGUGGAGUACCUUUGGCUCGCUGGAAGUUAUGUCUGAGACUGAAAUGGAUAAAACUCUACAUUCAGUGGUGACUGAAGAGGACUGUGAAAUCCUUAAAAUCCCUGCAAAGGAGUUUGAGAAGUUAAAAUUGGAAAAAAUAAAACGUGAUAAUGUGCAAAAGUUGAAAUUAAUUCGCAAAUGUCCUUUUUACGAAAAUUGGCCCACUUUAUCCAUAUACGAACUUGUUUCACUUAGUAAAUGGAAAAUUUUUCCUCCAGGUCAUGUGUUAGUGGAAAGUGGAACUGUCAUUUCAUUUGUGGGUUUUAUUAAUUCUGGAUAUUGUAACAUUUAUAGAAAUGUUGUGGGUCUCAUGAGUCUACGAUUAAACAAAAUGAAAAAAGUUAAAAAACUUGUGUAUAUGGGUAAACUUAAGGAGAAGCAAUCCUUUGGUGAGAUCAGCAUUCUUCUUCAAGAUCCUUUCACAUGUACAAUUAUUACUGGAGGAGAAGUUGAGAUGACGAUUAUCGAAGAUAAGGAUAUUCUUGGUAAAUCAUUGGACCCAGUGACCAAGGAACUGAUGAUUCAAACAGCAAAACCAACUUUUGGCCAUCUUACGGAAGAGGAUGUAAAAAAUGAAUAUAUCCAAAAGGUACGAGAAAGAGAAUGGAAACAUUUUAAGAAGAAGACAAUUAAAAGAACCUUGCAUUGUAAUGGAGUUCUACCUGGCUUUGGAAAAUGGGAUCACUACUGGCCAAGUAUUCCCAGGAAUCUCAAGGACACUCUUGUUAGUUAUUAA